AUCUGCGUUUGAUAUGCAUACAUCUCUUAUGCUAUCUUCAACAAGCGUGUUAAUGACAUAGCUAAAUAACAUCAUGGACGAAAAAGCGAUCGUGGUCUUUAUUUACACACAUGUAUUUGUAAAUUCUGAAUGUUUGUGAGGAACAAAUUCGCGUAAAAGGAUGACACAGUCAAUAGUAGUGCAAGUUGGUCAGUGUGGAAACCAGAUAGGCUGUCGGUUCUGGGACUUGGCAUUACGAGAACAUGCAGCUGUCAAUAAGAGUGGACUGUAUGAUGAAUCUAUAGGAAGCUUUUUUAGAAAUGUUGACUCCCGCUAUGAUGAUCCUGCUGACAUUCCACUUGGGACAGGAAGAGGCAAGAUUAGAUCACUCAAAGCUCGGGCUGUACUGGUGGAUAUGGAGGAAGGAGUGGUCAAUGAGAUGAUGAAAGGUCCACUGAAGGAGGUGUUUGAUUUCCAGCAGCUUAUCACAGAUGUAUCGGGCGCGGGUAACAACUGGGCCGUCGGUCACAAGAUGUAUGGUACCCAGUACAAGGAGAAGUUGACCGAUGUAAUAAGACGGGCAGCAGAGUUUUGUGACUGUCUUCAGUGUUUCUUUGUCAUUCAUUCUAUGGGAGGAGGUACUGGUUCUGGAGUGGGUACUUUCAUUUUGAAUCUGUUGGAAGAGGAAUAUCCUGACAUAUAUAGGUUUGUCACUGCUGUUUACCCUUCAGCAGAAGAUGAUGUGAUUACCUCCCCAUACAAUAGUGUGCUGGCUAUGCGAGAACUGACAGAGAAGGCUGAUUGUGUUUUACCUGUGGAGAACCAGGCACUGAUGGACAUAGUAAACAAGGUUGGAAAGUCGGUGCCAUCCCUAAAAACUGGCAAAAAAACAUUCUCAGGACUGUCUGAGAGUAUGAAGGCGGGUAGUGCCAUAACUACAGGGGAAGGAAGUGUUGUCCCUAAGGUGGAGGAACGGCCAUUUGACAGUAUGAACAACAUUGUGGCUAACCUUCUCCUCAACAUGACAAGUUCUGCCAGGUUUGAAGGCUCGUUGAACGUUGAUUUAAAUGAGAUUACUAUGAACCUGGUCCCGUUUCCACGGUUACACUACCUUGUCUCCAGUCAGUCUCCACUAUAUGCCAUAGCUGAUGUGAAGCUGCCUCCCAGAAGACUGGACCAGAUGUUCUCCGAUGCUUUCUCCAAAGACCACCAAUUGUUGCGCACAGACCCGAAACACAGUCUGUACUUGGCAUGUGCCUUAAUGGUCAGAGGAAAUGUGGAGAUUUCUGAUGUGAGAAGGAACAUUGACAGAUUGAAGCCAAACCUACAGUUUAUCCAUUGGAACCAGGAAGGCUGGAAGACUGGUUUAUGUUCUGUAGCCCCAGUAGGACAGCCGUACUCACUCCUAACUCUCGCUAACAACACGUGUGUUCACCAUACCUUCAACGACCUCAAGGACAGAUUUGUCAAACUCUACAAACGCAAGGCCCAUAUACACCAUUAUACACAUGUAGAUGGUAUGGAGUUAUCUGAUUUUUCUGACAGCUUAGAAUGUCUCAACUCUAUCAUCACCGAAUACACAGACUUAGAGAGACAGCUCAGUAAUCCACCACCCACGGAACCAAGGUUACAGGUCAUGACCUAGCUGGCCCCAAGUAGACAAGGUCAAAUACCAAAACCUAGGUCAAAGACGUUCACCUGCUUUUCAUGGAACUUAGGUCAAAGGUCAUGACCUAACCCCCAAAAGACCAGGUUAAAUGUCAAAGGGGUCAAGGGAGUAGACCUUCUUCUACUUACAGAACCAUGACUACAGGUUAUGACCUGACCUCAGAUAGUCAAAGUAAUGGGUGAAAUGUCAAAACUGGGAACAAUGGCAGCU